AUGUUGUGCAAAAGCAUUAUUCUUGUGAAUAUUAUUUCCUCAAUAAUAAUUGAAUCAAAAAUCGCAUCUUUUCGAGUUGGGGAACGUGAAGUAUCUCAAGUUAACAGUCCUUCAUCACAACCAAACGUGAUUGGAGUUGUCCAUUUAUCAACAAGACAACAAGAAUUCAAACUAAACCUACCUCCUGUGUCUUCUGCAUUGACUGCAGAGACAGAAAGUAGUAUGGGUCCUCUUUCAGUUUCUAAGAUGUCUAGACCACAUGCCUCAGCAAGACAGGUUGGUACGAGACCAUUGUUGACAUCUUGGGUGCCUACAGUGCUACCAGUUGACAGUGGAGCUAGUACAGAGUCAUUGCAGAUACCACCCAUCCAAUUGGAGUCCAGUAACAAGACUAUGAAUGCUGUGUUGUUCAACAAUGAUGAAGUUGGUACACCCCAGCAUGCUGGACAAUUACAUAUGACCCCUUUUUCAAAUGGAAACCAGAUAGACAUCCUACUUUCUAAAGAAAAUCCUCAAGGACCCAUUCCCUCAAAUAUCCCAGAGUUAACAAGCAAAAUGUUAUAUGGUGAAUCUAGUGACUUUUCUGUUCAAAACCUACCCAGUACUGCAUUGCAGCCAACAGGAUCCACAACUACAUCAUCCUUCUCCCCAAUAUAUGUUGCAAUGGUGAAAACCACUCAUAAUUCUCCACAAGAACCUUCUCAUGCAGGAUCAGUGGUGCCAAUCUAUACAUAUCCUCGGCCUCAGCAAAGACCAGCCACCACUCAAAGUCCUGAGCUGCUAACCAAGACCAAGGCACCAAGUAAACCAGCCUUCGAUAUUUUGAACACUGACCGCUCUGUGCUUUUCUCGGUGUCAGAACUGCAACCUGGAAUCUUGAGGUCAACUUCAACAAGUAUUACACAUCAAGCUAUUACAUUGAUAGUGGACCAAUCAAGCAUUAGGUCAUCAACUUACCCUAUAACAUCAAAGACUACCACCCAGUUCGGUGAAGGUGAGCUGUUUAAUAACACUACAACUUCUAAAACUGCACAGGAAAGGACUGCAUCAACCAGCAGAUCAGAUGGAACGGGUUCUCCCAACAAAGGCAUGUGGGACUCUUUAUCUGUAACAACGAUUCAUUCUACUCCAAACUACCAGAUUCGCCAAACAAAGAACAAGGAAGAGCCAGAAAAGACAACAGAUUUGAUCCUUGGAGAUGAAAACUCUUCUGGUAUAGGCCCCACCCCUGUAUCCAGUGGUAAUAAAGAUGGAAACUGCAGUUCAGAUAAGGUCUGGAACACCAUUCAUCCUGACACUGAAGGAGGAGGACAAAACGCAUCUUUCAACCCUCACUUCCUAAUUGUCCCUCCAUUAUUUGUGCUCCUCCACACAGACUGGAACACUGCAUUGGCUGAAUGGGGAUUGGCAUGGGACCUCCAUGUUUAUGGAUUGGGGUCACUCUUUGGCCUGGUAACAGUCAUCUCUGCAAUUGGUAUCCUCUGUCUUCCCUUCAGAUCUCCACUAGGCCUUGGUUAUUUCAUGGUUCUCAAUGGAUUGCUAUUCUUGACAAGCUCAAUAAGAACUUUUAUCUUCCUUUACGAUGCCUACUGUUAUCAGCACAAAUUACCUACAAUUGUUGCCUUACUUCUCUAUGAUUUGGUCUUCCCUUGCCUUACUUCUGCUUUUGGAGUCAUAAUCCUCGUCCUGUCGUUGAGGUCUGGGCCACAAGCAGGGACAUCAAGAUUCCAGCGUUCAUGCUUCCUAACCACAAUUAUCUUUCUCCACUUCAUACUCACUAUAGGCACAAUCUUGGUCAUUACUCUGCUAAAGCAAGCUCCCUUCCUCCUCUUUGUGUCACAUGGGAUCUUUGUAGUUUUGGUAACCAUUUUGUCUAUCCUGUAUUUCACAUUUUACUGUCACGCACGUAUGGUUGGCAUGCAGGUCUACAGCAUGAAGACUUCAACACCAUGCCUGGAGACUUUGAACACUGGGCCCUUCAGAGAAACAGAGCACUGGGGAAGAGUAGCCAAACUGGCCAUGUGGACUGCAGUGUUCAGCUUGAGCUGUGCUGCAUUACAGUUAUAUGCUAUUCUAUACCGACUAGGAUUGGCUGGAGAUCAUGUUUUCCAGCCAUGGCCUUGGUGGAUUUUCCAUUUUGGUACCAGCUUAUGUGAAGUAGGGAUGUGCCUCACCAUGUCCCUUAUUGGAAUCUAUCCGUUGUUUUGUACCCCUAAAACAUCAGACCGUAACCAUUGGAACAAAAUGUUCUGCCUUUCUCCAACUCAUGUAUCCAUGAAAGCUCCCAUCCUUUCAAACACUAAUCAAUGGUCAACUCCCCACCAGGUGAAGACAUUGAACUGUGAUGCGAUUAUCCAAAAUGAAUCAGAAUGUGUUCCCCUCUACACCAUGCCUAACAACCAAUUGAGCAGCGGUGAGGAGAUCAACUUGAUCUAUCACAGCAGUGAGACCAGUGAAAUAAGAAACCUGGACUUCCAUUUAAAACAUGGUAGAUCCUCCAGGACCUCUUCCUUCAUCAGUGUUCAGAUGGACAGUGAUUCCACAGUUGAUCUAAGACCACCCUCACCUAUUAAUCUAAGACGUAGUAUAGAUGAAGCUCUUUUCAGUGAGGCUCUCAUUCCCGAAAGUCUAUUCCAUUGGUCAAAAUUACACAGUUCAAGCAAUAUGUCCCUUUGUGGCAACAGGUCAAUGCCAGCAAGCACCAACGAAGUCUUCAAGGAGAAUUCAGCAGACAGAGGCCUGUAUCGGACAUCAUCUUGUGUUGGUGUGGAAAGAACAGAGAUUGCCAGAGGUAUCACCAACACCUUCAAGAAGCUGAACAUGACACCAGCCUUGUCUUCAGAAAGGUGGGAGGAUAGCUCUGUCAGCUCCAUCUGCAGAACCUCACAAGAUGGAUCCUCUUUGGUGCUUUGCUCCAGACCUGAGAAGUCGGGCUUCUCAACUACUGACUCUGAGCAAAAAUCUUUCAGGGACUCCUCUCCAACAAGCCUUCAUGGUAUUCCCCAGUUAACAAAGCAAUUUCAGGCUUUGUCUUCUCCAGAAACCAUGGAUAGAAAUGAUCCCCCAGAUUCAGCAACACAAGUGGAGUUCAUGAAGAUCUGCAGGCAAAUUGACCAGCUGAGUAUUAGCAGUGACACAAUAGAAUUAUGA